AUGCACUGUCUUCUUUCUUUCUUAUUUAAUUUCGUCUUAUAUCUUUCUUUUUCAUUCGUCCUGUUUCUGCUACAUUUUUUCAUUUACUUUUACUUUAUAUUUUCUCUUUCUAUCUAUCUAUCUAUCUAUCUAUCUAUCUAUCUAUCUAUAUUUCUUUCUUUCUUUUUUAUUAUUAUUUAUUAUUCGCUUUCCUUCUUUUUCUCUUACUUCCCAUCCUCCCUUCUUUUAUCCUGUUUCUACAGCUUUUCUUUUAUUUUCGCACUCGCAUUUCUUUUCUUCUUUGGCCUUCCUUCCUUCCUUCCUAUUCACUUAAUUAUUUGUUCUUCCUUCUCCACCUUAUUUCAUCCUAUUUCUUCCACUCUUCUUUCUUUUCGUCCUCUCUCUUCCUUUCUCUUUUUUACUUUUUUGCUUUCUUUCAUUUGUCUUUCUUUUAUGUAUUCUUUAUUUUCACUUUCCCCACUUUCGUUUACUUUUAUUCUUUAUCUUUCUUUCAUUUUUCUCUCGCUGAUUUUUCUCUUUUAUUUAUAUUUUUCUUAUUUUCUUUUUCCCCAGUCCUCCAUUUUCUUUUCUUUUUCUUUUCUUUUUUCUUUUCUGAUUUCUUUUCUGUUUUCUUUUUUUUAUACCCCUCUUUGUGAUUUUUCUUUUCUUUUUUAUUUACUCACUUCAUUCGUAAUUUUUUUAAUAUCACUUCCUUCUCUUUCUUCUUUCUUCUUUCUCUUUCAUCUUCUUUUUUCUUUUUCUAUCAUCAUUAUCAUCAUCAUCAUCAUCAUCAUCAUUAUUAUAAUUAUUAUCAUUAUUGUUAUUAUUAUUACCAUCAUUAUUGUUGUCAUCAACAUUAUCCUCCUCCUCAUCAUCAUCCAUAUUAUUAUUAUUUUUAUUAUUAUAUCAAUUCUUCUUUUUCUUUUUUUUUUCUUAAUUUUCCUUUUUUUAUUUACUCCUUUCUUUUAUUUUACAUUUCAGUGGCCUUCCAUUAUUUCUUUCCUUUUUACUCUUUCUGUUUUUGUUGUUGUUGCGCCACUUCACCCUGUUUUUCUUCAUUUUUUAUUCCCUCCCACAUAUCUCUCUCUCUCUCUCUCUCUCUCUCUCUAUCUAUCUAUCUAUCUAUCUAUCUAUCUAUCUUUCGCUUUCUUUAUACCUUUCAAACCUACACUUUUACUCCCUUCUCGAAACUAUUUCUUUUCUCUUUCGUCCUCUUCCUUUCUCUCUUUUAUAGCUGCAUUUCUUCAUUCUCUUCGCCCCAAAUAUAUUUUCUCUCUCUCUCUCUCUCUCUCUCUCUCUCUCUCUCUCUCUCUUACAAUCUUCAAGACUCCUCUCUCUCUCUCUCUCUCUCUCUCUCUCUCUCUCUCUCUCUCUCUCUAUCUAUCUAUCUAUCUAUCUCCCUCCCUCCCUCUCUCUCUCUCUCUCUCUCUCUCUCUCUCUCUCUCUCUCUGUGUGUGUGUGUGA